AUGUUGAUCGUAGCUCAAUCGGCCUCUCUGGUGCUUCUGCUUUCGGUUGCUUUUGGUGUCACAGAUGCCAUUCGAUCUUUAAAAGAUGGCCCCAUGAUCGACGAUGAAGGGAGGCAGUAUAAAUCUAUGACAUUAAGAUUCGAUGAGGAAGACGUGAGCGGACCACAACUCAGUGACAGAUCCACUGUCCACGUACAGUGCACAGAAACGUCCAUGAUCAUUGUGGUAAGGGCUGACCUGUAUAAAAAUGGCCGCCUUGUGUCUCCUGGAGAGCUUUUUCUGGGAGAAGCCGAGCACUGGCAGAGCAGUCAGUGCCGAGCUGUUGCUGCCGGUGACACAGAGUACGUCAUUGAAGCUGGACUGCAAGACUGUGGCUCCAAAUUAACCAUAUCUGAGGACUCUGUGAUCUACUCAAACAAGCUGGUGAUCUCACCUGCUGCCAAUUACCAUGGCAUUACAAGAAUGAGCCAUGAUGUAGUUCCUGUUUCCUGCCACUAUCAAAGGACACACUUGGUGAGCAGUGACGCUCAGCUUUCUGCUUCUGCACAGUCUCCAGCGGAGCACUCUGCUUUCUCCCUGAAACUGAUGAGCGAUGACUGGACAAGUGAGAUGUUCUCCACUGCCUUCUACCUCGGAGACCUCCUGCACCUCGAGGCAUCUUACACUGCUCCUGAUUCAGGACAAAGACGACUCUUCAUCGAUAGCUGUGUCGCCACUCUGUCGCCUGAUGCUACAUCAGUCCCCAGAUACUACUUCAUUGAAAACCAUGGGUGCCUCACUGACGCAAAAGAGGGAGGAUCAAACGCUCUGUUCCAGCCCAGAACGAGGGCUUAUUCGCUUCAGCUGCAGCUCGAUGCUUUCCUGUUUCGCCACGAUUCGAGGAACUCUGUAUUUAUCACUUGCCAUCUGAAAGCUACUCCUAAAUUGUGGGAAAGUAGCCUGGUCAACAAGGCCUGCAAUUAUGUACAUUCAAGAUGGAAAAAUGUGGAUGGGAGUAAUAAUGUGUGUCGAUGUUGUGACACUAACUGUUACAAAAGUUCUCCCAAAUGGAACGACAAGACAAAUCUGAGACAUCUGAUCCGUGAAGAUAUCAUGGCUUGUGGCACUGUAACUCUUGGACCUCUGAUGAUUUUCCCCAGCAAGUAGGCAAAGAACAAAAAUCUGGACAAUAAACAGUCAAUAUUUCAAUCACAUCAUUUUAAUUUUCUUGGCAUGGUGACAUUAAAAAUCAGCU